GGAGGAUGCGCCGGCGGCCGCUAGUGGUGCGUGAAUGCAUCAUUUCCACUCCUGCGCAACUCCUAACAGACAGACAGUCGGCGCGCGGCAAACAAACCAUAUUAUUGUGUUUUUAUUGUUAUAGUGACUAUGAUUUGUGUUGUGAGCCUGUUCCUCGUGGCGUCCUGCCUGUGGUCUUCAUCAACCAGCACCCCGGACCUGUUUUCCAAGGCCACUCGCACCAGGAAAGAUGAGCUGGACCUCAGGAACAGUGUAUUCGACUUCGUCAUCGUCGGCGGCGGCACCGCCGGGUGUCUGCUGGCCAAUAGGCUCUCAGCUGUCCCGGAGUGGAAGGUUCUGGUGAUAGAAGCCGGUGAGGAGGAGAACAUAGACUACGACAUCCCGGGAGUCCCCAGCAAGGACUACCGCCCGAUACUGUGGAACUACCGCACCGAGAGGAACGGAUACUCCUGCCUCUCCAGACCUGGUGGCAGCUGCGAGGUACGCACGGGCAAGGUGCUGGGCGGGUCGAGCGUCACCAACGACAUGAAGUACACCAGGGGAACUAAGGUGGACUAUGACGGCUGGCACAGGAACGGGGAGAUAGGGUCACUGGAAUGGAAGUUCGGGAAUCUAUUGGAGUAUUUCAAGGCAUCCGAGGAUAAUGGUGACUAUGAUAUUCUAAUGAACUCGCACUAUCACUCGCGCGGCGGCGAGAUGCGCGUUCAGCGGUUCAAGUACGCCGACCGCUACCUCGAGCUGUUUACCUCUGCCUUCACCGAGAUGGGCCUCCGUACUGUCGACGCCAACAUCAACGCCCCAGAGGCCAUCGUCAACCACCAGUUCGCCGUCCACAACAACACCCGCCUCAGCACCAACUCUGCCUUCCUCAAACCCGUCAGACACAGAAAGAAUCUCUCCGUCAUCACCGGCGCUACAGUCACCAGAAUCGUCGUUGACAGACAGGAGAAAACCGUCGAUGGAGUGAUAUAUGAGGUUGAGAAAGGGAAGGAACGACCUGCCUACGCUAAGAGAGAAGUUAUACUGACUGGAGGUGCCAUCAAUAACGUCAAAUUAUUACAUAUGUCAGGAAUCGGUCCUAAAGCUGAAUUGAAGAAGCAUAAUAUUACUGUGUUAAUGGAUCUCCCAGUAGGAACGAACUAUCAAGAUCAGGUCAGCACAGGCGGCUUAGCGUUUGCCCUUCCCGAAGUGCCUCCAGUUAGCGAGAGUCAGGUUAUAAGUGACUUUAAGACUUGGUUUCAAAGUCGAAGCGGUCCUUUAGCCUCAAGAGGAAUCAGCCAAGUCUCAGCGUUCAUACAACUAUAUGAGCAAAACAACGCACCUGAUGUAGAGUUGACCUUAGAAGGUAAUUUCAUCAGAAGUGACAAAUUUAUGCUCACCAACGUAAGUGUGCAAGCUGCAGAAGAAACCAACUUGCCACUGCCGUAUUAUAAUUUAGUCAACAUUAUUCCUGUACUACUGAAACCUAAAAGUAAAGGUAAGGUUACUCUUAAUAAAAGAAACCCAAAGUAUGGCAGACCAGUCAUAACAGCAAAUCUUCUAAAAGAGCCUGAAGAUUUAGAAACUCUAGUCGAUGCUAUAGAUAUAGGCUUGCAGUUAUUAGAUAAGAAAGAAAUUAAAAAAGCUGAAAUAAAAUUUGCACCGAUAGACUUAUUCCCAUGUGAUAGGCUUAGAAAUAGAGACCAAUGGAAUUGUAUAGCAAGACAUUAUACCAAAGCUUUAGGUAAUCCUGUAGGAACGUGUCGUAUGGGUGGAAAUGUGACUGAUUCCGUAGUAGACUUUGAACUAAGAGUUCACGGUAUAGAAGGCCUUAGAAUAGUUGAUGCAUCGGUGAUGCCCACGCAUGUGCGUGGAGGUAUCUUUGCUCCGACGAUGAUGAUAGCAGAGAAAGCUGCUAAAAUGCUUACUAAAGACUGGAAAGAGGAAAAGGGUUUUUACUACAAUAGACGAUAGCUCUAAGUAGACUAGUAUACUAGUAAAUAAAAAACAUUG